ACCAAGGGUAUUACCGUAAAUUAAAAAAAAAACCAAGCAUGCACAGCACAGCACAAACAAGUCUCACUGGAAAAGCCCAGGAGGACCCUACAGACUGGAGUCGCUCAGUUACAUUGUGCUUAAGGACAAACAGCAUUUCGUCACUUUCCAUUAAACCCUUCUCUCUCUCUCUCUCUCUCUAAAUUUGUACCUUUGCAACAAAUCACAAAGCCUAACCGUAGAAACCAAACAGAGAUCUUCUUCUACCAUAGAGACUAACUAGCUUCCAAUCCCUCUCUGAAAAAAAAAAAAAGCUUUAACAAAUCUCUCAAUGGCGAAAACUCCAUGAAAGUAAAUGGAGUUGGAAAGACCCCAUCGCACUACAAGUAGCAACAGCAACAGCAGUGGUAGUACGAGUGAGUUGUUCAUUUGCUUCACUUCGCGUCUCUCUUCUUCCUCCAUGAAGAUCUCCUCCAAGUCUAUUCUCAGUCCUGGCCGAGCCAGAGAGCCGUCCCAAAUCUCUCUUUCUUCGUCUCUCAGUCGGAGACUGAAAAACAGUGGGAGCAUCAAAGGCGGUCAAGCUUCGCCGAUGUUCCCAACCGGAGGUAAAAAAAAAGGUUGUGCUUUUGAUAAUCCAGAACCUUCUUCUCCUAAAGUCACCUGCAUUGGUCAAGUCAGGGUUAAGACCAAGAAACAGGGGAAGAAGAUGAGAAUCAGAUCGAAAAGGAGAAGCAGCGAACCCAGUUUCAGAAAAUCAGAGCAAAAUUCGCAGAGUAUUUCCGGGCAACAACAAGAGAAUCAGAACCAUGAGAAUAAUCAUCAGGGUUUUCAGUUCCAGAAUCUGCAACAGCAGGAAUGCUUGCCGCACCAUAGAAAUCAGAGGUGGGUUCAUCUGCCAUUGACGAUUUGUGAAGCUUUGAGGGCUUUUGGGGCUGAGUUCAACUGCUUCUUGCCGUGCCGGUCUUCUUGUAUGACAAGCGAGAAAGAUAAGGAAGAGAAAGGAGGAGAGAGAUCGGUGGCGGAGGAGAAUGGGAGCUCCUGUGGUGCUGUGUUUGCGAGGUGGUUGGUGGCGUUGCAGGACGGCGAUGGAAAAGGGAGAGAGAUAGAGUUGGUGGUCGGAGAGGAAGAGAGGACAACGGAGAGGAGGAGCAGUAGCAGGAGGAGACAGAUGCUCGAAGGGAUUGAGAUCAAGGAAGAAAGUAAGGAGGGUGGUAUGGAGGAUGAAGAAGGUAGGGUGAGUAUUUGUAUCCCGCCUAAGAAUGCUCUGCUUCUUAUGAGGUGCAGAUCUGAUCCUGUGAAAAUGGCUGCUCUUGCUAACCGAUUUUGGGAAUCACCUGCUGCUCCAAAAAAUGAAGAAGGUGAAGACGAAGAAGAAGAUGGGGAUGAUGAGGAUGGUCGCAGAGAUAAGGAAGCAGUACAAGAUGAUGAACGAGGGCUAGUAAAAGCAGAGGUAGUAGAUACAAAGGAAGUUGCAGAACAGCAAGCAAACUUGGCUAUGGAGGAAGAAGAGGAAGAGGAUGAGGAAGAGGAGGAAGUUGCAGAAGAAGCUGAAGAAAACCCAGAAAGCACAGAACUUGAUGAGCUACAACAAGAAAUUGUUUCUUCCGGAGAAGACCCAAGCGAAGAAAGUGAAGGAGAAGUAGAAGAAGAGAAACAAAAGGGAAAAAAAGAGGAUGAGGAAGAGGAAGAGGAAGAGGAAGAACAAGAAUUGGAAGCGAACCAACAACUAGCAGUGGAAAAAGAAUCUGUUUUCGAUGUUUCUUUGAGUGAAAUUCUAGUAGAUGCAGAGAAUGUGCUAGAUGAAGAAGAAAAUGCGGCUCAGCUAGUUGAAAAAGAAAAUAGCUAUGAACAAAAACCGCCACAUCAAGAAGAAGAGAAAGAAAGAGAAUUAAAGGAAGAGAGAAGAGCAAGCGUUUCGGAGCCUGUAAAGUCAGUAGAACAAGAACCAGUAGAAAAAGAUAACAUUCAUGGAGUAGAAGAAGGAGAGGAUGAUAAAGCUGAGAAUGAGAUUGAGGCAAAAUUUGCAGAAGCUGCUGGGUCAACGAAGGAGGAGAAAGAGACUAGAGAAGAGACAGUGAUCCAUCAAAAAUCCAAACCCGAAUAUCCGAACAAUACCCACGAGGAGGUCGUAGUGGCGCGUUCGGAGCCGAAGGUAGAGAGAGAAAGUAGUCCGGUAUUGCCAGAUUGCUUGCGGUUGAUGAUGUGCGAGCCAAAGCUAUCCAUGGAGGUUUCCAAGGAGACUUGGGUCUGUAGCACUGACUUCGUGAGAUGGCCGCCCGAGAGAAAAGUCAACCAAAGGAACGGCCUUGAUCAACCCAAGAAGCAUCAGCAUCAUCAGCAGCAGCAGCAGCUAAGCAUCAUCAACAAUGAGGACUCGAAUUCCGUGCGACCUUGUUCGAAGCAAUUAGCGAACCAGCUGAUGCAGCCGCCAAGGUCUUCUUGCUCCUUCCCGGCUCCGGCGGCUCCAGCUUCCAUGGCUACCGUUGUUGAGGAGAAGCUGGUGGGUUCGAAGGGUUACGAGCCGUUUGUUCUGACUCGGUGCAAGUCGGAGCCGAUGAGGUCGUCGGCUAAGUUCCCUCCACCUGAUGCCUGUUUCUGGAAGAAUAGGAAGCUUGAGCCGCACCGUCCGGCUACGCUCGGGGUUGGCGCGGCUGGGGUUGGAUUUUGAGCCAGGUAAAUUAUUGGAUUUGAAAAAAAAAAAAAGGCCAAAUUUUCAAAAAAGAAAGAAAAAGAAAGUCUCGGUGUGUACUUGCAUGGUCACUGUAGGUUUUGCUGAGUGCUUUAAUUGCUCUCUCUUUCCCCUACUCUUGUUCUGUAAAUUUUUAUUACAAUUAAUGAUUUCCAAGAAAUUCUUUUUUCCUUUUUAA